AUGAUUUUGAAUGCCACAUCAUCAAGAACUGAUGACGAUGCCAGUAUUCAUGACCAACUUUUGUGGUCUCUACAUGUCAGUGGUAUGGAGGACCUGUUGUUGUAUGUCGCCAGCUCGGAUGAUGAACGUCAGUUCAGUAUGCACGUGUUGGAGAUCAUAUCUCUUAUGUUUCGGGAACAGACACCAGAGCAGUUGGCGUCAGCAGGGUCGGCCAAGACAGAUUCUGAGAGACAGAAAGAGGAUAAAGAGCUGGACCUCAUUCGUGAAAAAGAGAAGGCUCAAAAACUGGCAUGUGUCAUGAAGUACAGUUCCAGACACUCUCGUUUUGGCGGCACAUAUGUGAUGAAGAACGUCAAAUCUAUCAGCGAAAAUCAGAUGAUAUACCACCGCUCCUUGGCAGAGGUUAAAAACCUCAGCUUUGAUCAAGAUAAGAAACCAAAGAAAAAACCAAAGAACCGUCAACCAAUCAAAAGCCAAGAACUGACAAGGCGUUCUACUCUGAGCAUUCGGCUUUUUCUGAAGGAGUUCUGUAUUCAGCUGCUAGAGAACUGCUACAAUCCUUUGAUGUAUGCUGUCAAGGAUAGUUUGCUGCACUCCAAAGCUCAGGAGAAUGAUGAGAGCUAUUACCUGUGGGCCAUGAGGUUUUUCAUGCAGUUCAAUAGAUUGUACAAGUUCAGGGUGGAGUUAGUGAGUGAGACCAUGUCUGUGCCUACCUUUCAUUACAUCCAGACCAAUUUAAUGACGUACCAUGAGACCGUGCUGAGUGACAAGAAAGAAGCGGUCACCUGGUCUAAAAGGAUGCACCUUGCCCUGAGAGCGUACCAGGAGUUACUGAUGUCCCUGAACACUAUGGAUAAAGACCCGGAACUGAAGGCCAGUGCAAAAGUGCUUAAAGUCCAGCGAGGCGGUGCUUUUGACAAAUUUCAGACUUUCCUGAAGGACUUGAUAGAGACCACCCAUUGCUUUACUAAGAUGCUGGAGCAUUUCUGCAAGAAAAACAAGCUCUUGGUGGUGCAGAAGAAAAAGAAGGGGGGAAAGAAGAAAAAGAGUAAAGCGAGCAAGCAGAAACAGCCCCAAGGUCCAGAAGAGCCACAAUUCACCCAGGAACAACUGGAGAACCAAUGGGAUGGAAUAUCUGGUGGCUUGUCCGCCAUUUUUCAGGACAGAGGUCACGUCCCAGAAAAUGUGACCCCAUUUGAUGCUGCAUCAGAGGAAACAGAUGACCAGCAGAGGAUUAAUGCUAUGGUGAAGAUUCACGAGUUCCUGCGAGGUGGCAAGGCAGGAGAAGCUGUGGCCAUGUUUAGAGCUGCCAGGGAGGUGUGGCCAGAUAGACAGGAGUUUGGCACUCCUGACAUCAGCCCAGAAGAUGAAUUUAUGGCUCUCAGAGAAAUAUUCUUCACUGAUAUUCCAAAACCUGCUGCAGCAGAGGCCACACAGGAAGAAGAGCUGCAAGAAGAGGACGAUCAAGAGGAGAUAGAAGAAGAGGAAGGAGUGUCAGCCUUUGAGAAUUACGAACAGGAGUUCAGUUUCAGAGAGUUUAUAGACAGAUUUGGAAAUCCCCAAGUCUUGAAGCACUAUUCACUUCUGCUCUCUGAGUACUCCAAGAACAGCACCUUCACCAAUCAUUGCAUCGUCAAGCUCCUACAUCGGGUUGCCGUGGAUACAGGGAAGGUUGGGAUGCUGUUCCAGGCCUCAUUGUUCCGGACAUUUCAGAAGAUCCUCUUUGACCCCAUGGCCAAGUCCAAACAUUACGAGGAGAUCGUAACAUUUUCCAAAUAUGUUGUCAGAAAAUUCUUUGAGUGUGCCCAGAAAAAUGAAAAGAUCUUCGUGGAGCUGUUGUUCUGGAAAACCAACAAAGAUGCCAUGGAGGUGGUGGAAGGUUAUGGUACAUACAAGGAAAAACAUAGUAAAAGUGCCCCUGCGUGGACUGAAGAACAGGACGAAGAAUUGAAGUACCUGUUUGACAAGUUCAGAGAUGAUACAGAGAAAGACGUUGUAGACCUUAUAAUGGAGAAUAUAACCGACACAACCAAGACGAGGCGACAAGUGCUUCGUGAGCUGUGUCAUCUGGAACUGAUAAACAGUGCCAAGGAUUUGAAGAAGCCCAGUUCAAGAGGAGCUGCCAGAAUCUGGAGGGAGGAGCAGGAGUAUGAACUGAGGGAACUGUUUGACAGGUUCAAGGGUUCUGAAGAUCCUGUGGGCAACAUCCUUAACAAUAUGGAGGUCAAAAGGUCAAAGGCCAAGGUCAUAGAGAAGCUCCUCAGUAUGGGUUUGGUGGAGGACAGAAAGGAGCUAUAUAAGAAGAGGAAAAGAAAGUCCAAGAAAGGCAGAGCUGAGGAUGAGGAUGAUAGGUUUAUUGAGGAGGAUGAUGUUGUGGUCCAGAGAGCCAGCAGUGAUGAGGAGGAGGAGGAAGAAGAAGAGCCUGUUUUAUCCUCCUCCUCAAGUGACAGUGAAGCCUCGGCAGAUGCAGAUGAGGAGGCAGAGGAUGAUAAAGAUGAUGAUGGUGAUGGUGGAGACGAUAAUCAUGAUAAAAUGCUGCACAAAAUGGUGAAGAAGUUGUUCAAGAAAGGUCUGGCUGCACCAGUGAAGUGGGUCCAACAACGUCUGAGGAGUGUGGCUGAGGACAGAGAAAAAGAGAACGAGUAUGAGCCUAUCCCUCUUGUCCCGCUGUCAGAGGAGAAUGAAGAUGCCAUGGACAACAGCUUGUUCAGGUGUUUUCUCAAGAAAGCGGGGAUAUUACCGCCUUCUAAUGAACAGGAAAGAUUCUGGCGAAUCCCUGCCAAUGAGUCACCAGCCAAUCUACGCUCCACAGCCAAUAAACUUGACGAAACUUACAAACCUCCAAAAAAGGAAAAAAUCUUGAGCCCAUCAGCAGGUUUGUCAAAGGAGAAAAGCGCAAGAUUUGAGAUGUUGAAAAAUAUGGCAAAGAACAAAAUACGGGAUGUGAAGGCAAAAGAAAAGGGAGAAAGAAUUAAAAGAAGAACUGAGCAGACACAUCCCUCCCCCUCUACACCAGGAACCACACCUACUGGCUCAUCCAAACAGAAAUCCUCCAGACUUAAACUGAUAAGUGAUGAAUCUUCGGAUGAUGACAACGAUGAUGACCUCACCCCCGUCAGCACCCACCAAACCCCCCUCAAAGAUGACACCCCUUCGAAGAGUGGACACAGGCUCCUGGAUAGUGACUCUUCGGACGAUGAUGACCAGCCUUUGGCCCAGGCUGGACAGUUAAAGAGUAGCAAGGACAAGUUGACAGCAUCAGAAGUGUCCCAUUUGGUAAAUAGCGAUUCUUCAGAUGAUGAGCCAGUGACAGGCAAAAGGAAGUCCACAAACAAUGGAAAACAAGAUAUUGAAAGUGAUACAGAUGACGAUGAACCUCUUGCGGCAAGCAUGCAGAAAGCAAAGAAGGCGUCUCUUGCAUCAGACAGUGACUCAGAUGAGCCUUUGUCAAAGCCCAGUGGCCCUAAGAGCAAACUCUCUGAGGAGACAAGAGCUCAGCUGAAGAGGGCGCUGGAGUCGGAUUCCUCAGACGAUAGUGAUGAUGACAGGCUAGUAAUUGACAGUGAAAAGGAAAAGACAAAGCAACCGAGCAAGAGAACCAAGAUCCAGGAAGAAAGUGACCUGGAAAAGAAAGAGGAUAAAGAAAAUAUGAGAGACACUAGUGCCAAGGAGCUAGCCUCUUUUCCUGCCACGUUAUUGUCACAAGGCCCUGAGAGUGACUCUGACUCUGACAUCGAAGAUCACAUCCCACUGAGGAGGGGAGCUAAGAGGAAGACGAUAGAAAGUGACAGUGAUGACGAUUAGAGUUGUAUUUGUGCAAAUAUAUACAAUAAAAGUAUAUAUCGAACACAGUUUUUACCUGAGUAUCAGUGCAGUAAAACACUGUGGACAGCUCAGUAGUGGUUUUAAUUUUAAUGCAGAUCAAAUUAUUUAUCAUAACUAAUAUCAUUACAUGAG